AUCAGAUCUCCAGCGCAAGCGAAAAGACUGUAAUGUAAGCAAAGCUCACAACAAGUCUCCAGAAAAUGCUACUCACCGACAUUUCCGGACAGGUUACCAACUGGGAGAACCAUCACAUUCUCAGUCUCAUCGCUCCCUAAAAUAGAGCUGACCCUUGAUCCUGGAAAGGCAUUUGUGGAAGUAAAGAUGGAGGCCGGAGGGGAGCGUUUUCAUCAACAAAGGCAAGUCCUGAUUCUCUUUCUUUUGCUGGGAGUGACUUUUGCAGGCUGGGAAUCCCGUCGCUAUUCCGUGAUGGAGGAAAUAGAGAGCGGCUCGUUUGUGGCCAACCUUGUCAAGGACUUGGGGCUCGGAGUGGGGGAGCUAGCUGCUCGGGAAGCCCGGGUGGUCUCUGAGGAUAACGAACCCCGGUUGCAGCUCGAUCUGCAGACUGGGAAGUUGACAUUAAAUGAGAAACUGGACCGGGAGGAGAUGUGCGGCGCUACAGAUCCAUGUGUAAUGCAUUUUCAAGUGUUACUGAAAAAACCAUUGGGAGUAUUUCGAGCUGAGCUACUGGUGAGAGACAUAAACGAUCAUGCUCCUGAGUUUCCUGAAAGAGAAAUGACUUUGAAAAUCCCAGAGAACUGCCCUCCUGGGUCAGUGUUUCCUCUGAAAAAUGCUCAGGAUUUGGACGUGGGCAACAACAACAUCCAAAACUACAGUAUCAGUCCCAAUUCUUAUUUUCAUGUGUCCACCCGCAAUCGGGGGGAUGGUAGGAAAUACCCAGAGCUGGUGCUGGACAAAGAGCUUGAUCGGGAGAAGCAGGCCUUGCUCAGAUUAACCCUCACAGCGCUGGAUGGCGGCUCUCCGCCUCGAUCUGGUACCACCCAGGUCAGAAUCUUGGUCUUGGAUAUCAAUGACAACGCCCCUGAGUUUGCGCAGGCCCACUACCAGGUGCAGGUCCCGGAGAACAGCCCCGUAGGCGCCCUAGUUGUCAAAGUUUCUGCCCGAGAUUUAGACACUGGGACAAAUGGAGAGGUAUCAUAUUCCCUGCUUUAUAGUUCUCAGGCGAUGAGCCCAACUUUUGAGCUAAACAGCCUUUCGGGAGAAGUUCGACUAAUCAAAAAACUCGAUUUUGAGACAGUAUCCUCAUAUGAUCUGGAUAUAGAUGCAUUUGAUGGCGGGGGCCUUUCUGGAAAAUGCUCUGUCUUCAUUGAGGUGGUGGAUGUUAACGAUAACGCCCCAGAACUAACUAUUUCAUCACUUACCAGCCCCAUUCCUGAAAACUCCCCCGAAACAGAAGUGGCCCUGUUUAGGAUUAGAGACCGAGACUCAGGGGACAACGGAAAGAUGACUUGCUCCAUCCAGGAUGAUCUCCCCUUUAUUCUGAAACCGUCUGAAGAGAAUUUCUACACGCUGGUAACAAAUGGGGCGCUAGACAGAGAAAGCAAAGCUGAGUAUAAUGUCACCAUUACUGUCACCGACUUGGGGACACCGAGGCUGAAAACCGAGCACAACAUAACCGUGCUGGUGGCCGACGUCAACGACAACGCCCCCGCCUUCACCCAGACCUCCUACACCCUGUGGGUCCGCGAGAACAACAGCCCCGCCCUGCACAUCGGCACCGUCAGCGCCACAGACACAGACGCGGGCGCCAACGCCCAGGUCACCUACUCGCUGCUGCCGCCGCCCGACCCGCACCUGCCCCUCGCCUCCCUCGUGUCCAUCAACCCCGACAACGGCCACCUCUUCGCCCUCACGUCCCUGGACUACGAGGCCCUGCGGGCCUUCGAGUUCCGCGUGGGCGCCGCCGACCGCGGCUCGCCCGCGCUCAGCAGCCAGGCGCUGGUGCGCGUGCUCGUGGCGGACGCCAACGACAACGCGCCCUUCGUGCUCUACCCGCUGCAGAACGCCUCGGCGCCCUGCACCGAGCUGGUGCCCAGGGCGGCCGAGCCCGGCUACCUGGUGACCAAGGUGGUGGCGGUGGACGGCGACGCGGGCCAGAACGCCUGGCUGUCGUACCAGCUGCUCAAGGCCACGGAGCCCGGGCUGUUCGGCGUGUGGGCGCACAACGGCGAGGUGCGCACGGCGCGGCUGCUGAGCGAGCGCGACGCGCCCAAGCAGCGGCUGGUGGUGCUGGUCAAGGACAACGGCGAGCCGCCGCUGUCGGCCAGCGUCACGCUGCACGUGCUGCUGGUGGACGGCUUCUCGCAGCCCUACCUGCCGCCCCCGGAAGCGGAAGCGGCGGCCGCGGCGCCGGCCGACCCGCUCACCGUCUACCUGGUGGUGGCCUUGGCGUCGGUGUCGUCGCUCUUCCUCUUCUCGGUGCUGGUGUUCGUGGCGGUGCGGCUGUGCAGGAGGGGCGGGGCGGGCUCGGCGGGUCGCUGCCCGGUGCCCGAGGGCCACUUCCCGGGCCACCUGGUGGACGUCAGCGGCACGGGGACCCUGUCCCAGAGCUACCAGUACGAGGUGUGUCUGACGGGAGGUACUGGGACGAAUGAGUUCAAAUUCUUGAAGCCUGUCUUACCCAGUAGCCUAGAAUCAAACUUUGAAAGGAAAUCAGAAGGAAGUCCAACCUUCCAGAAUCGUUUAGGCAUCUGAAACUUCUCCAACUGCGUACAUUAGUUUUAUCUCUUACACCUUUCCCUUAUUUAACCUGGUAGUAAUAAUUCUACUCGUCUUUCUUCUUUUCAGAGUUUUUCAUAGUAAUGCUAAUCUUCGUUUUGUUGGCCUGUUUGCCCUAUAAUUAAUUUUCCAAUUAUUGUCAGUAAAAUUUUAUAUCAGGAAAGUUCGUACUACUGGUUAAAUUUUUAGUAUUUAUUUCUAAAUGAUAAUAUGAAAGCCUCUCAGAAUAAAAGUAAUUCUAACUUUUAAAAGUUCUUUUCUCACUGUAUAUAACACGAUGUAAAAAUGUCUGACUCAUUUUAUCAUAUUUCAUUUUUUUAUUACUGGAAGCUUUUUAAGUUUUUGUUAUUUACACAGCUAUGACUUUUCUAUAACGCCUCUUCUGUUUGGAAUGGAAUCAGUUUAUAUUUGUGUGCGUGCUAAGCUUUUUAAGCUUUUGUUAUUUACACAACUUUGACAUUUCUAUAACGCCUCUUCUGUUUGGAAUGGAAUCAGUUUAUAUUUGUGUGCGUGCUAAGCUUUUUAAGCUUUUGUUAUUUACACAACUUUGACAUUUCUAUAACGCCUCUUCUGUUUGGAAUGGAAUCAGUUUAUAUUUGUGUGCUGUACUAAGUCGCUUCAGUCAUGUCCCACUCUUCGCGACCCUAUGGGCUAUACCUGCUAGGUUCUUCUGUUACUUAUGUCCAAUUUUUUCCAAGCUCUGUUUGGAUUUUUGUUUUAUCAGUAGAUAGCAACAUGUAUAAUUUCCUAUUUAUUUCAAAAUCACUCUUGUAAUCAUUGGACUUUCACUUUCAAAUACAUGUUAUCUCAUGAAAGUAUAUCUUUUUCAUCUAUUCUUUCUGUUCUAAUUUAAUGUUGAAGACUUGUAAGUUCUUCCUAUUAUCUAACUGAAGUUAUGAUCCUGUUAAGAGUUUAAUGAUACCCACAAUGACUAAUGAGUUCUCUUUUUUAAAAAUAUAUUUUUAAUUAGAGGAUAAUUAUAAUAUUGUGUUGAUUUCUGCUAUACAUCAACAUGAUUCACCGGUAGGUAUACAUAUGUACCCUCCAUCAUGAAGCUCCCUUCUACCUUCCACCCCCUAGGUUGUCACAGAGCACCAGAUUUGGGUUCCCUGCCAUCAUACAGCAAAUUCCCACUGGCUAUCUGUUUAACAUAUGGUAAUAUAUAUGUUUCAAUGCUACUCUCUCAAAUCAUGCCACCCUCUUCUUCCCCCACUGUGUCCAAAAGUCUGUUCUUUAUGUCUGCAUCUCCUUUGCUGUCCUGCCAAUAAGUUUAUCAAUACCAUCUUUCCAGAUUCUAUUUAUGUGUGUUAAUAUAUGUUAUUUGUUUUUCUGAAUUACUUCACUGUAUAUAAUAGUCUCUAGAUUUAUCCACCUUAUUAGACUGACUCAGAUGUGUUCCUUUUUGUAGUUGAGUAAUAUUCCAUUGUGUAUAUGUACCACAUAUUCUUUAUCCAUUCAUCUGUUGAUGGACAUCUAGGUUGCUCAUAUGUCCUGGCUAUUGUAAUUAGUGCUGCUUUGAACACUGGGAUACACGUGUACCUUGAAUAAAUGUGUCCUUUUCAACUAGGAGUUCUUGUGAAUCUCCAGGCAGUGCAGGAGAUGCAUGUUCAAUCCCUGGGUCAGGAAGAUCCCCUGGAGGAGGAAAUGGCAACCCACGCCAGUAUUCUUGCCUGGAAAAUUCCAUGAGGAGGAGCCUGGCAAGCUACAGACCACAGGAUCAUAAAGAAUCAGACACAACUGAGCACACAUGCAUACACCGUAUAUUCUUAAUGUCAAUAGACAUGACCAAGCAAUACAUUGCCUGCCUGCAACUGUCCCUUGCUAUUACAAACAAAUUCUCAAAUGAGCUCUAAAUUCUGCCCCUAGAGGAGCUAUUGAUGACACAGCAUUCCAGUAUCUGUUUGUCUUUGGAUGAUGACAUUGUUCUGAUUAAUAGGUAAUUUGAAAGGAAAUACAUUGUAGAAUUAACAUUACUUAAGCAAAGAAAACUUAGUAAAGAUAUGUUGGUGAGGGAGUUGAAUGAUUUGAAGAAAUAAUCAACUCUGUUGUCAGGACUCCUCUAUCUCCAGGAACCUGGUGUGGUUGGCAGAGUAGUGGCCCCUUAAAGACAUCCACAUCCUAAUCCCUAGAACCUGUAAAUAUAGUGUUGUAUUGCAAUAGGAAAUUAAGGUUCAGAGGUAUUCAGGUUGGUAAUCAGUCUUAAAAUAUGGAGAAUAUCCUAGAUGAUUUGGGUGGGCCUGAUUUAAUCAGUUGAAAGGCCUUAAAAGCAGCUUUGAGUCUUCUUGAGAUGAAGAAAUUCUGACUGUGGGCAGCAGCUUCAGUUGAUGCCCCAGAUUUCCAGCCUUUCCUUUUUAAUUGCCCCCUCUACAGAUUUUGAAUUUGCCUAGCCAGCUCACCCAAUCAAAUAAGUCACUUCCUUGUAAUAAAUCUCUUAACAUGUAUCUCCUGCUGCUUGUUUCUCUGAGUGAACCCUGACUGAUACGGAUUUUGGUUCCUGGAAGUGGAGUCCUGCUGUAACAAAUAACUAAAAACAUGCAAACUGGUUUGGAAUUGAGUAACAAGCAUAGGCUGGAAGAAUUUUGAAGAGCAUAAUGGAAAAGUCUUAGAUUGCUUUGGACAGACUGGUGGUUGAAAUACAAAUGUGAAUAACUCUGCUAGCAAAGAUUCAGAAGGAAGUAAGUUGAGGAAGUAUGGUUGAGAAAACAUAUACUGCCAUGUAGAAUACCUAAAUCAAAACCUUAGGAGACUUGGUAGUAAUAUGGAUGUUAAAGUCACUAAUGAUGAGGACUCAGAAAGAAAUGAGGAAAAUGUUACUGGAAACUGGAGGAAAGGGAAUCCUUGCUACAUAGUGGCUGAAAACAGGUGAAUUGUGUCCUGCCUUGGAAAUGUGAGAGAAAAAGGACUUGUAAGCAAUGAACUUGGAUAUUUAGCUGAGAUUUCCAGGCAUAGGUUGAAAGUGCAGCCUGAUUUCUUCUUGCUGCUUAUAGUAAAAUGUGAGAAGGAUAAAAUAUAUUGAGGAAAGGACUGUUAAGCAAAAAGGAACCAGAAUUUGAUGAUUUGAGAAAUUCUCAGCCUAUUCAGAUUGUAAAAGAUGCUAAAAUUAGGAAAGAAAGCCAAGGAUGCCAUAGGUGUACACUAUUUGUAUUGGGCAUACAUACUGACACAAUACUAUAAUGAGAUGAGAUCUUUGAGGACCUUACAUAUAUUUCUUAUAUGGGGUGUCUGUAAAUCUUUGGGGACCAGAGAGUGGACUAUGAUAGGGAGAAUAAUGAUCUCACAUAUCUAUGUCCUAAUCUCUGGAACCUGUGAAUAUCUUGUUAUGUGGCAAAGGGGAAUUUAAAUUGCAGAUGGAUUUAAGGUUGAUAAUCAGCUGACCUUAAUAAUAAGAUUACUCUAAAUUAUCCAGGUGGGCUUAGAACCACAAGAACCUUUAAUAAGUGCAAGUGGGAAGCAGAAAAGUAUCAGAGUAGUAGUAUGUGAAAAACUCUGAACCAGCUAUUACUGAAUUUGAAGACAGAAAGGAGCCACCAGUGAGAGAAUGCAGAUAGCCUCUAGAAUCUAGAAAGACAAGAAAAUGUAUUCUCCCUUGCUUCCAGAAAGGAAUAUAAUUCUACCUUAACUUUAGCCCAGUUUAACUUCAGACCUCCAGAACAGUAAGAUAAUAAAUUUGUGUCAUAAUUUGUUAAUAGUAGCUAUAGAGCUAUACAAAUGGCUAUCAACAGAGCUAUUUCCAAGCCUAUUUUUCUUUGCCUUCCCCUACUACAGGCCAAAAUAUUCAUAUUCCCAUAAUCUCUUGCAGAUAGGAAUGUCAUAUCACUCCAUUAUUGCUAAUGAUAUAAAAGUGUAAUUGGGAAUUGGGCUUAAGGGAAAUAUUUUUGAAAAGGAUAAUCUGCUGUGGCAUGUUCCUUGGGAUUUUUCCCGUUUUCCUUUUUUCUUAAUUGGCAUUGGUUUUGAGGAGUAAACUUUGAGUUGAAGCAACCAACCUGCAACCAUGAGAUGAAUACCAUAGAACAAAGGUUAUAUAUACCAAGUAUGGUAAGAUGGAAAGCCCCUGAAUUUCUUACAGCAUUGUCAAGUUACCACAACAUCUCUAUGCUACCUCCUCCAAGGCUUUAUGUUGCACUUUAUAAAUAAACUCUUCUGUGAUUAAACAAUUGUAGUCAGGUUUUCUGUUAAUUAUAGACAAAUGCACUCCAAGCUGACACAUCUCUUCUCUCCUUCUUGUGAGUAAGGUUGAUUCACACAGUUGUCUGAUUAGGUCCUAGGUUGUCUGUUUAAGAUAUAUGACAUGCUUGUCAAAAAAAAAUACUUUUACCUUCCCUUAGGUGUUAUCAAGGGACAGUACUCUUGAGUUUCCAUGGCUGACUUUAUAUCUUUAUUUGGUCAUCUCUCAAUCUGACUAGUAAAAACAUACACAAAUAAUUGAACUUCCUAAGGAAUUUUCCUGGCUGGUAGCAACCCUAAAAAUUGAGUUUUGGAAAACAGAAUGAGAAAGGGACCUGAUAAAUGCCAGCUAUACUUUUAAACCUGCAUCAGUGGUGUCUUCACAAGAUGACUAGAAGUUUAUUUAUGAAAUAAACCAGAACAUUUGUUUCCCUCUCAGGCAUGGAAGUGGCACAACCAAAAAUUUUAUUUAGUAAAAUAAAUUGACUACAUAUGAGUCCUGAAAAUAUUCAUAAGCAUAUCAGCAAUCUAUAUGUCUUGGUAGAAUAUGCUUGAUGAAAGGAUCAGAAAUUCCUGAAAACCUUUUCAAUAUACAGAGAUGUGUGUUUUGAGGCUUCAAGGUGUCAGUAGCCACUACUCUUUUCCUGUCUUCCUUUACAAGUACUUUAUUGGUAAAGUGUAUAAUUUAAAGGCAUCUCCAAAGGCUUCCUACUUACAUCUUUUUUGACUGAUCUGGAAUACCUUGAAAAGAGUGUUACUUCCAGUUUAUCAGCAUAAUCAUGAAAAAUCAAUAAAAAUAUAUCAUUAUACAUGAUGGAAUUACCUCAAAAAGUUUUAGAAUUCCUUAGCUUCACCCAGUGUUUGCAUAUUUGUGUAUGUUUGUAUAUGUGUGCAUUUGUGUGUGUGUAAUGUAUGUGUGUGGCAGGGGUGAGGGGGAGUGGCUUUAGCAGAUGUUAGAGAUGCUCUGCAUGCAGAGAUAAUAUACCAGAGUAACAAUGCUUUUCCAUAGCUUUUUGAUAGCUUUUCCACACUGUAAAGAUGUUUUUUUCCUUUAAUGCAUAAAUGUAUGUAAUAGAAUUACCAUUGAGGAGGGAAGUGUAAACCAGACUUGGUCAUUUUUUUCUCCAGUGAGCUCAGGAAACAGUAAAGUUGAUAUCAAGAUGUAUCAGGGCUGGAAUUAGGGUGAGGUCAAAUUGUUCAUGUGUAGGGUUGGAUCCUGUCUUUAUUUAAAAUAUUGAUAUUUUGUUUCAUCAUGAAUUAUUUCAUUAAGUUUGACUUUUUUGAAUAUUGAAUUAAGUAGUAUCUAUCUUUACUUCCUAAGUUUUUUGUUGACCCAUUAAUUUUGCUUCUGAGAUGCUUACCUUCCCCUAGCCCUGGUCCUGUUGGUAGUUUCUAUCUUGCAAGUUCAAAUAUCAUCACAGCAGUAGUGAUGGUGGUCACAGCGGAAAUCUGAGUGGUGAGAUCUGAAUCAAGUCUGUCUCCAUUCCGAGCUUGAGGUAGCAGCAGCAACAGUAGAAGAAUACAAAGAUCCUAGGAGAUCCGACAAACUGAAGUCCUGCAGACUGGGAACGGAAGAGCACCUGUAUGGCUGUGAUUCAUCAGGCAAAUUGUUUAUGUUUUUCUUCCAGGUGGCAUGCAGUGGUAUGAAAAUGUUAUCUAUUGGCUGGUUUCAAUUUGUACUGUUGAGAAUUUCUGCAUCUGUGUUCAUGGGGGAUAUUUGUUUCUCUAUAUAUUUUUUCACAUUAUCCUCUUGUCAGUUUUAGUUUCAGAGUUAUUCUGAUCUCAUAAAAUGAGCUGAUAAUUCUUAUUCCACCUCUCUUGUAUGAAAGAGAUAUUUAUUGUUUCUUCUUUAUGUAUUUGACAGAAUUUACCACAGAAGCCAUGUGUGGCUAGCAUUCUCUUUGUGGGGAAAUUCUGAAUUGCAAAUUCAACUUCUUAAAUAAAUAUGCUGCAAUUCCA